CUUUUUUGUUUUAGGAAUUUCCCACCAAGCUUGCGCAGUUUCCCGUUAGGAGAGGAGUAGGGAAGAGUAGACGCGUCAGUGAAUCGCGAAAAAAAAAAAAAGAUUAAUAAAGUAAAGUAAAAUUAUACGUGCCACAAAAAAAAAAAGUACUUUAUUUUAGUAAAUUUACUGUUUACACGCUAUGACUCGAGCUGGUUGUUUGAUUUGUUCGGGAUGUGCAUUCGGCGCGGAACCACUAUGCAUGGACGCGGAAAAGUUGACUUUGUUCUGUUCGUAUUAUUGGUAUUAUUGUUCCCGUGCUAUCAAAGUGUCCAAAGUUUAUUUUGGAAAAGUUUCCACUGACGUUUUCACGCGUCGUAGCCGGGUGACAGCCGUGCACGAAUUUAUGCCAUUCGAUUUCUCGUCGUCGCGUAAGUAUGGCGGACGACAUAGCGACAACUUCGGGUCAGCGUCCGCCCGGGGACAAAGUUACGCUCAGGGCAUGCGGACAAAGCUUUCUCGCCUCGCGCACAGCUCUACGAAGCGCGUCCUCAUACUUCUCAGCCAUGUUCGACUCCGGCAUGAGAGAGGCGUCUUCGGCGGAGAUCGAGAUGCACGACAUCGAACCGGAGACACUGUCGGCGCUCGUGGACUCGUCCGAAGGCCGCCCCAUCUCCGUCAUCGAAAACAACGUGGCCGAACUCCUGCGGGCGGGCGUCCUCUUUCAGUUUGACCAAGUCACCCGCGCCUGCGUCAGCUACGUCUACAAGAAGCUCACCGUGCACUCCGCCGUGCGGGCCUGGCAGCUAGGGGACGCUUACUCGAUCUCCCAGCUGCGGCGAUCGGCCCUCGCCGUGUUGAUGUGGCACUUCGAGGAGUUUGUCGACUCGCCGUCCCUACCUGACUGCCCGGUCGCCUUGUUCAGGCGACUGCUGCUCAAGGAACGCCUGAACGUACGAAACGAGAGCAUUGUCUACAGAGGCGUCAUGAUCUGGGCGCAGGCGAACGUUGACGCGUGCUCGCACCGAGAGUUUGUCGAGCUCAUGUUGUGCGUUCGGGCCUCGUUGCUGAGACCCGACCAGCGCGUGGACAUGUACACUCAGAGGACGCCCGAAGGGACGCCCUUCAUGUGCCACUUGCCGCUGGACUUUGGACCCAAGAACCGUCGCCGGCCGCACAUCGGUGCCGCCUUGGUCGUGUCCAAGGUCGGGCCCUCCGAUCAGAUUCCCGACGACGAGCUCGGCCUCUUCGUGCAAGAUGGCUUACACACCUUGAAGCUACGCACUCUGCUGCCGGCGCGAUCACGGAAGCCGCUUCAGGGCUACGUUGUUUGCAACGUGGGCUGUGCGGUGUACUUCCUCUGCGGCGAGUUUGGCGUCGGCUCGGGAAACUGGCACCGCGACGUGUGGAAGUGGGACUCCGCGGCUUCGGAAUGGGUCAACAUCGGCACCAACCCGGCACCGCGGCGCCACUGCAAGGUGGCGGUGGUGGGCAGCCGCAUCUACCUGUUCGGAGGGUAUGGGAGGUACCGUGUGCCCAUGACCAGCAUAGACUUCUUUGACACGUCCACUGGACGCUGGCACGUAGCACCGGGGGGUCCGGUCCGGUCCACGCCGCAGGCCGUCGUGGCCUCCGAAUCCGUGGUGUACGUCGUGUUCGGGGAGUGCCUCGUGAGCGUGUACGACACCGAGAAGUCCGUGAUGAUCGAGACGCCCUACACCCUGGACGGGUGGGCGUUCGACUACCCCGACGGCUCCGUCUUCCCCGAGAUGGUGCCCAAGAACGAGGGCCGCUUUAGAGUUUUUCUGCCGGAUUCCGAGUUCAGCUGGUGUAAUACCUUCCUCUACGAGGACUCGUGGAAGUGCAAUCCGCCUGGCGGGGGAUGCCCGCUGGAGUUCGGCAGUGUGUUUGUCUACAAGAGUUCAUACAAAGACUGGAGGAAUGAAGGCGCCAUCCACACUGUGGGCGAAGCCCAUGUGCAGAGGCAGAUCCGUCUGGGCUUGAGGCCGGGGAUCAAAAUCGAGGGCUGCGUGGCGGUCCCCGGCUUCGACCUGGGGCCCGACGACUGAACGGUCUGUCUGCUGGACGUGUUAGGAGCGCUAAGGCUGCGUUUCUUCUUUUUGUCAGUGUGAAGCUCGCUUUUUUGCCAAUGCGAAGCACGUUUUCUAUUUCUUGCUUCUGUACUUCUGAUAGCACUGUGUGCAGCUUAGAUUUGGCACCAUGAAGCCCAUUUUUGAAUACCGUAACAUCCCGAGAGAUGCCCCUCCUCCAAAAGAUAACUCGCCUUAUAUUUUUGGCAUUAUUUGCUAUUCUUUUUGAAAACCCGAAAGACAGCCCACCUCUACCAGCCCACCUCUACUAACUGCAGGGCUCUGUCCCAUGGUAACCCCGGCAGAACUGGUGUUGCUCUGCCACAACGUGAGAUAAGUGGGCAUGGCAAACUGGGAAGGACAGAUUGCCCCUCAAUGUGAAAACAAGGUUGGCAGGUCACAAAAGUAGCAUUCUUAAAAUUUUUCUUCAAUGCACACAGAAAGUUAGCCCACUCCUCAUUUUCAUACAAUAUCCUCUCGCUUUUAGGUGGGCUCUCUCCGGGAUAUUACGGUAGAUCUGAAGUUCCGUUUGGCAGUGUGAGCUCAUUUUUGAAAAGGUGUCAAGCUGAUUUCCUAAUCGGUGAGUUUGGCGGUGUGAAGCUCAUUUUCAAUUAGGUGUCGAGCUAAUUUUUUAAUCGGUGUGAAGCUCAGUUUGGCGGGGUGAAGCUAAUUUUUAAUUACGUGUCGAGCUAAUUUUUUAAUCGGUGAGAAGCUCAGUUUGGUUGCGUGAAGCUCAGUUUGGCGGUGUGAAGCUCAUUUUUAAAUAGGUGUGAAGCUCAUUUUUUAAUUGGUGUGGAGUUGAGUUUUGGUGGCACGAGGUAAACUUUUUAAUCCGAAUGAAACUAAUUUUGCCUUGUGGAGCUUUUUUUUUUUUUUUUUUUAUCAUUUCAAAGCUUAGCAUUGACAAUGUGAAAGCUCUUUUUUUUUUUUUUUAUCGGUAUGAAUUUUAGUUUUGACAUGGGGAUGAAAGCUAAUUUUUUUUUCCAGUACAAUGCUCAGUUUUGGCACUGUGAAGCUAAUUUUUUUAAUUGGUGCAAGAAUUUUUGCCAAGGAGCUCUUGCCUCGGUUCGUCUGCCCCUGCUAGCCGAGCAAUCGCACGGAUGUUUGUUUGCAACAGUCCAUUCCGCAAGUUCCACAGAGCAUCUUGAAAAGCCACAGGCAGGGGUGGGGGGGAUGCACCUUUGGUACAAGUUUGGGCAGACGAGAUAAUCCCCAACGGACACAGAAGCGACAUUCCGGGUUUCAUAAUGAAAAGUUUUUGUAGGGGGAAUCCCUUUUGAAUUGCAAGUGCUAUUUCUUGCUUCUGUACCUUUGAUAGCACUGUGUGCAACUUACAAGAUGGAGCGUAGUGGAAGUGAGAUUUCUCAAUUCGGAUGGUGCUUGUUUCCGCAUAGGCAGACGACUACAACUUUACAAGAAGCUUUUGUCAUUAUUUACGAGAUAUGUGCAAUUUUGUUUUUAUGAAGCUCAAUGAAGGAGGUACACCAGUCA